AUGGCCGACAAGGGAAGUGCUGAGGCUCCAAGGGAGGCGAAGCUUGAAGCCCAGAUUAAAUCCGCAGACAUGACCGACGAUAUGCAACAGGAGGUCAUCGAAGUCGCUCAGGAAGCGAUGGGUCGAUUUACGAUCGAGAAGGACAUUGCCCAACAGAUCAAGAAGACGUUCGAUGAGCGCAAGGGUCCGACGUGGCACUGCAUUGUCGGACGCAACUUUGGAAGCUUUGUGACGCAUGAGACGAAGCAUUUCAUCUACUUCUACCUUGGCCACUGCGCCAUCCUCCUCUUCAAGACCCAAUAG